AUGAAUCGCUUCCACUGGCACUUGACAGAGGAUCAGGGGUGGAGAUUAGAGAUAAAAAUGUACCCAAAGCUGACAGAGUUUGGUGCAUGGAGAGGGAAGGAUGAGGCAAACAUGUACGGUGGCUUCUACACACAGGAAGAGGUGAGGGAAGUGGUGGCUUAUGCGACGCGGCGAUUCAUCACAGUUGUGCCAGAGAUCGAGCUGCCAGGCCACUGUGGCGCUGCCCUCGCUUGCUACCCACAUCUGGCCUGUACUGGUGACGUCGCAGCAGUGCCGAGGCAAUGGGGUGUGCAUGAAGACGUGUACUGUGCGGGGAAGGAGAGCACAUUCACCUUCCUGGAGGAUGUCCUCAACGAGGUUCUGGAACUGUUCCCCAGCGAGUUCAUCCACAUAGGCGGCGACGAGUGCCCCAAAACAAGGUGGCGGGCAUGCGAGGCGUGCCAGAGGCAGCUGCGCGAGGCGGACCUAGAGGACGAGUACGCGCUGCAGUCCUGGUUCGUGGGCCGCAUCAACAAGUUCCUGCGUUCCAAGGGGCGCCAGCUCAUCGGCUGGGAUGAAAUCCUGGAGGGGGGGCUCUCCCCGGGCGCCAUCGUCAUGUCUUGGCGGGGAGUGAGUGGGGGCGUGAAGGCAGCCAAGGCUGGCCAUGAGGUCAUCAUGUCCCCAACCAGCCACUGCUACUUUGACUACCGACAGUCGCUCAAGUAUGACGAGCCUGGUGCCUGGUAUGCAAUGCUGCCGCUGGAGAUGGUCUACUCCUUUGACCCGGUGCCCCCGCCGCCGCCGGAGCAGGAGCUCAUACAGGAGCACACGCACGACUUCGAGGACGCUGAUGCGUCUGCCUCAGACAGGAACGGCAUUGAGGAGGGGCCUGCAGAUGGGCCGAGCUCGCGGGAAGAGGAUGAGGAUAAAUUUGUGGGUCCGGUGCCUCCGCCGCCCGCCACACCGCCCCAGGACUCCGACUCCCUUGACAUCGAUGUGGGCCUGGACAGUGCCUCCACCGGCAUCCAACCCAUGUCUGUCAGCGGGCCAGGGAGCCCGGUCAGGGCAUGCGAGGAUGAUGAGGAAGCAGACAUUGAGGAGGACAAUGCCCUGGAGGAAGGCAGUGUGGCGCACUUGAACAGCAGAAGAGAUGGCGCGAUUGGGGAGUGCCCUGAGGAGUAUCUGGCGGCCAUGGAUGAGAACGGCGGCAUCGAGGAUGCUGGCCGGCAGGGCAGCGCCCCCGUGCUGGUGGGCCUCCCUGUGCGCCCGCAGUGCCCCUGGACGCUUGAUCCUGAGUAUGCUGUCAACAUCAAGGGCGGCCAGGCAAACGUGUGGACGGAGUACAUCUCCGACGAGGCAACGGUGGAGUACAUGCUGCUGCCGCGGCUGACGGCGCUGGCCGAGGCCGUCUGGUCGCCCCCAGAGUCACGCGACUGGGGCAGCUACCUGCACCGGCUCAAGGCGCACCUGCCGCUCCUGGACGCGCGCUCCUUCAACUACCGCCCGCUCGGCUGA